AGCACGCUGGACAGAGGCAUCGGAGUCGUUGAACGCAGCGGACUAAAUCGCCAAGUGGACAUCAACUUUUAAGUCUUGCAGUUCUUUGCCAAAGCUAGGGAUUUUUUUAAUUUUUAAUUUUUUGGCUCUUUUUGGUAAGCACUUUCUGUGGAAGCCCGGUGAUGUAAAAAGACUAAGAAUAAGAAUAGAGAACAAAGCCUGGUUGCUUUGCACGUGGAGUUUUGUCGCCGCUUAGAGCAUGUGAAAGUUGAAAUCUUAGAGGCACUGUGCGUUGUGCGUUCUUUGUAAGCUCCACUUGAUAUACAGCGUUAACUUUGGGAAAUGCAAGUGUUGGUCUUGGAGAUCUAACCACUGAUAGUGGUUGUCAGCUGUUAAAAAGUUCCACCAGGUGAGAAGAGUGAUGACCAUCCUGUUCCUGACUAUGGUAAUUUCGUACUUCAGUUGCAUGAAAGCUGCUCCCAUGCGCGAUGCGGGCGGGAUGCGGGGGCACCGGGCGGAGGGCUACCUGGGCGCCACGGCGGCGCAGACCCACGGGACUCUGGAGAGCGGGGGCGGGGCGCAGCGCCGGGGGCUGGCCUCCCUGUCGGACACGUUCGAGCAGGUGAUCGAGGAGCUGCUGGAGGUGGAGGGCGAGGCGCAGCUGGCCGGCAGCGGGCCCGGAGACCAGAGCCAGGGGGACGUCGUGGCCGAGUCCAAAGACGUGGACCUGUACGCGUCGCGCGUGAUGAUCAGCAACCAAGUGCCUUUGGAGCCCCCACUUCUCUUUCUCUUGGAGGAAUACAAAAACUACCUGGAUGCGGCGAACAUGUCCAUGAGGGUGCGGCGGCACUCCGACCCGUCGCGGCGCGGGGAGCUGAGCGUGUGCGACAGUAUUAGCCAGUGGGUCACGGCCGUGGAUAAAAAGACGGCUAUAGACAUGUCUGGGCAGACUGUCACGGUUCUGGAGAAAGUCCCGGUGCCCAAUGGCCAACUGAAGCAAUACUUUUAUGAGACCAAAUGCAACCCCAUGGGAUACACAAAAGAUGGCUGCCGGGGAAUAGACAAGCGUCACUACAACUCGCAAUGUCGGACAACCCAGUCGUUUGUGCGGGCACUCACCAUGGAUAGCAAAAAGAAGAUCGGUUGGAGAUUUAUAAGGAUAGACACUUCCUGUGUAUGCACAUUGACCAUUAAAAGGGGAAGAUAGUGAAUGAAAUGUAUAGAUUUUAUUGAGAGUAAGAAAAAAAGAAAAGAGAAAAUAUCUAUUUGUAUAUAUACUUAACAGGGUAAAUUAUUCCGUCAAAUGAAAAAUUUUAUGGACUGCAUGUAAAAAAGAUGAAGUUUAUACAGUAAAAGUGAUACUACAGUCUAUUUAUUGAACAUAUUCAUGACCUUGUAAACAAUUAAAAAAAGAUCUAAUCAGUCAUUUGCGCACAACUUAAAUUACUAUAUUACAUUCCUCAAGACAUUGUGGUUCGUUUACGUUGCCAAGAAUUUGAGAAAAAAGGAAAUGGAAGGUGAGGAAAUAAAAAAACCUGCAUGCUGCUUCAGUGGUGAAUGAGAAACUGUCCACUUUGGGAAAAAAAGGAUACAGUUCUGACCAAAACAUUCCGUUUACAUUUUCAACAGGUCUUUCCUCCUCUUAGUACUUAUCUGUUUACUGCUCUAAACUUCUCAAGGUAAUGUCGGAAUUACAUACUAUGUCAAGGUGCUGUUGUCAAAGCUUUGCUGUUUAUUUUUUUAUCCCCACAAGUUGAAAAAAAAGAUAAAGAUAUAAAAUUGAAUCAUUGACAUAUGUUCUGGAUUAAUAUAAUUCAUUUUGUAUGUUGUGAAGUUGUUUGCAAUAUUAAAUUGAAAUAUUUGAAGAAAUAAAAUGACUAUAGGCAACUGAAAACAAACCAAUAAA